CAAAAAGGAGGGCGAGCUCUCUCCAACACUUGGCCAUACAGACAGAAACAGAGCUGCGCAUCGCAUCGCGUCCACGGAGCCAGCGGCGUCGAGGGCCAAGCGGAGGAGGAGGAGAUUGAGCUGUGGGAGAGCGACGACGCGCUCCCCAUGAGGAAACUGUGCCCCAACCUGGAGCGCGACGACGCGCUGGACACGGUCCUGGAGGUGCCCAUCCCCGAGGAGAUGUUCUCCGGCGGCGGCGGCAGCUCCCGCGGCGGCUCCAGGUUCGGCUGCACCGGCGUCAAGGCCUGGAUGCGCUCGCACGCCGCCGACCGCUCCGGCGCCGGCGAGCCCUGCUCCAUGAGCCGCGGCGAGCUGCAGCUCAUGCUCGGCGUCAUCGGCGCGCCGCUCAUCCCGCUCCCCGUCAGCCACGCCAAGCAGUCGCCCUCCUCCGUGCUCUGCGAGCAGCUCAAGGGCGACCCCAUUGAAUCGUCGUCGGCCAAGUACAUCGUGCAGCAGUACAUCGCGGCGUCGGGCGGCGAGUGGGCGCUCAACAAAGUGACGAGCAUGUACGCGAUGGGCAAGGUGCGGAUGACGGCCGCGGAGCUCAACAGCAGCGACGCGGACAGCGGCGGCAGCAACAAUGGCGGCGCCCACCGCGGCGGGAAGAAAGGCGGCGGCGGCAAGGGCGGCGAGAUCGGCGGGUUCGUGCUGUGGCAGAAGAAGCCGGAGCUGUGGUGCCUGGAGCUGGUGGUGUCCGGCUGCAAGAUCAGCGCCGGCAGCGACGGCAAGGUGGCCUGGCGGCAGACGCCGUGGCACCAGUCCCACGCCUCCCGCGGCCCGCCGCGCCCCCUCCGCAGAUCGCUCCAGGGGCUGGACCCGAUGCUGACGGCGAGCCUGUUCGCGGAGGACUCGGUGUGCAUAGGGGAGCGGAGCAUCGACGGCGAGGACUGCUUCGUGCUCAAGGUGGAGGCGGAGGCGUCCAGCCUGCGGGCCCGCAACAGCAGCAGCGUGGAGAUCAUCCGCCACACCGUGUGGGGCUACUUCAGUCAGCGGACGGGGCUGCUGGUGCAGCUGGAGGACUCGCACCUGCUGCAGAUCAAGUCCGGCGGCCCGGCCGGCGGCGGCUCCGUCUUCUGGGAGACCACCAUGGAGUCGCGCCUCCGCGACUACCGCGCCGUCGACGGCGUCAACAUCGCCCACUCGGGCCGCACCGCCGUCUCGCUCGUCCGCUUCGGGGACACCCACGACGGCGGCAACACCCGGACGCGCAUGGAGGAGCACUGGGACAUCGAGGAGGUCGACUUCAACAUCUGGGGCCUCUCCAUGGACUGCUUCCUCCCGCCCAGCGACCUCAGGGACGCCAAGGAAUCGCAGCAGCAGGAGCUCGCCGUCGUCAAGCCCGCGCGCCCGCCGCCGCUCAGGAUACCGGCCGUGGCCGUCGUCCGCGUGGGGCCGUCGCAGGUGGCCGCCGUCAACCUGGACGAAACGGAGUCGCUGCUCGCCAGAUGAUGAUGAUGGCAUUCCAAUACCAACACCACACACAACACGUAGUAGUAGUAAGAUAGAGCUGUAUGUGUGUACGUGACACUCGUCGCAAAUAUCUACAACAUCUGUAAAUACGUUUCAGGUGAGACUUUUCUUUUCUUUUUUUCCUUUUUGAUUGAUGAGGUGUGGAUAAAGCCUAAGCUAGAAUUGGGAGUGAGCUACGUACAGUAGUGGUGAGUGAUUCGGGCUAGGUGUAUACUCUAAUUAUAGAAGAUGUGUUGUAAUGAGCUCAACGAAGCUCCGUCAAUGUAAAUCUAAAAGAAUCUCCCACUUCUGCUUGGUCACAUAAUGGACAUUAACUUGUCUUCAAA